AAAGGAAGGGAGGGAGGGAGGGAGAGCGAGAGAGCUUCCCGCCGGACAUGGGGCCGGACGGUCAGUCGGUUGUGAGUUGAAGGCAACGAUGAGGUGAAAAAAAAAAAAAAGUUUUAUCGACUUGAGUGAGAAGAAUUGAAAGCGAACGCGGAGCGGGUGUCCCUGUGGCUGAUGGAUUUCCUGCUGUUGGCUGUCGGUCUGCACUGGCUGCUCAGGAAGCCCUCGGUGUGGGUGGGGUGCGGGCUGGGGCUGCUGGUGGAGGUGCUGCCGGCCGCCCGCAGCCUGUGCGCCAGUCAGUGCCGCUGCGAUGGCAAACUCCUGUACUGCGAGUCGCAGAGUCUCACCCAAAUGCCGCGCAACCUGUCGGCCCUGAUGGGGCUGUCCCUCCGCUACAACAGCCUGUCGGAGCUGCACGGCGCGCAGUUCUCGGGCCUGGUGCAGCUCACGUGGCUGUACCUGGACCACAACCACAUCUACUCGGUGGAGGGCAGCGCCUUCCGGGGGCUCCGCAGACUGAAAGAGCUCGUCCUCAGCUCCAACAAAAUCACCCAUUUGCCCAACACCACCUUCAGGCCUAUGCCCAACCUGCGCCACGUGCAGCUGUCCUACAACAACCUGCAGGCUCUGGAGCCCGACCUGUUCCACGGGCUGCGCAAGCUUCAGACCUUACACCUGAGGUCCAACGCCCUCCAGUCUAUCCCAGUCCGGAUCUUCCAGGAUUGCCGGAGUAUGGAGUUUCUUGACGUGGGAUAUAAUCAGCUGAAAAGCCUCGCACGAAACGCCUUCGCCGGGCUGUUGAAGCUGACCGAGCUGCACCUGGAGCACAACGAUUUGGUGAAAGUGAACUUCGCUCAUUUCCCCAGACUGCUGUCCCUGCAAACCCUCCACAUGCAGUGGAACAAGGUCCAGAUCGUGGUGAAUUCCCUGGAGUGGACUUGGAACCAUUUGGAAAGACUGGACCUGUCCGGGAAUGAGAUCGAGUACGUGGAGCCUCAUGCUUUCCGAGCCGUGCCUAACCUUAAGAUGCUUCAGUUGGAUUCGAACCGGCUGUCGAGCAUCGACCAGACCAUCCUGGACUCCUGGUCAUCCCUGACCAGCAUCAGCCUCUCGGGGAACAGUUGGGAAUGCAGUCGGAAUAUCUGUGCGUUGGCCACCUGGCUGAGCAGUUUCCAGGGGCAGCACGAGAGCAGCCUGCUGUGUGCCAGCCCCGAGCACACCCAGGGGGAGGAUGUUCUCGAUGCCGUUCACGGCUUUCACAUAUGCGACGACCUGGACACGAGCACUCCGGCCACCGCGGGGACCACCGCAGCCACAGCCACAGCCGCACAGCGCAGCGUGACGGCCGCCGGAGAGGCUCUCAGCUCCGCCGCGUACAACACGGGGGAUACAACGGGAGUCGAACCCACCGCCCCAGUCACAGUCACGGUGACGAGCGAGGAGGGUUCGCCAGAGCCACGGGAAAACACCAUCCAGGUUCACAAAGUGAUCACCGGGACCAUGGCGCUGCUUUUUUCCUUUCUGAUAGUGGUGCUGGUGCUCUACGUGUCCUGGAAGUGCUUUCCCGCGGGCCUGAGACACUUGAGGCAAUGCUUCGUGACACAGCGCCGCAAGCAGAAACAACAACAAACUAUGCAUCAAAUGGCUGCCAUGUCCACACAGGAAUACUACGUCGACUACAAACCCAAUCAUAUUGAAGGGGCGCUUGUGAUCAUUAACGAUUACGGAUCCUGUUCGUGUCACCAGCAGCCGUCCAGGGAGUGCGAGGUGUGACUUUCCUUUGGGGCCGCACCACAGCACCGAAUGGACUGCAGCCACUGAGACUCUCAACGGAAAGGCACCACUUUCCACGAGUGACUAUGAGUGAACGCCACUGUUGCGGUUCCAAGAACCUCUGCACUGGAGUGGGGGGUUUUGGGGCUCGUUCAGAAUCAAACCUUUUAAGCUUCAGUGCAUCUUUAAAACCCUUUCAAACCGUUCUCCGUCCGAUUGUCAUUUGAAGUUUAUAAAAAGGAAGAAAAUGUAUAUGUAACUCUUCUCCGCAGUUUCUUAUGAUAUUACUCCAUCUGUAAGAUCUGACAAUAAGAGGGAGUUCAAGGUCCAUCAAUGAUGUAAGUUAAUCGGUUUUGUAAACUACCCUGAUUUAA